AGAACUGAACUUCCUUCCUGUGCUGCUCGAACUGGAGAGCGACGUGCUUUUAUAAAUGGACGCUGCAAUGAGGGGCUUCCAGUCUCGGGGGGAACUUCGCAUCGUCCAAGGCGGCCAGCCGUCGUCCUUUUCACCGUCUCCAUAAUCUCCUUCGAGCAUCGGGGCACCAUGAUCGCUUUCCUCACUCGCGCGCUUCUCCUCUGCGGGCUCCAGGGAACGGUUCUGUCUCUGCGCGGACAUUGCACAGACACGCAGUGUUACGCGCUUUUUGAGGGGCAAAAAGACUUUCGGGGAGCGCAGAAAAGCUGCCGAGAUUCCGAUGGAGAUUUGUUGUUAUUCCUCGACGCGGAAGCGCAGGGACACUUGCUCGCCGGCCUCAGCGGGAGUUUUUGGUUCGGGACUUCUCGGACGGUCAGUGGCGCCCCGAACUGCACUUCGUGCACGGUGUGGGUGGGAAGCAACCUGACGAUCGAGACGACGCCGUGCGGCGACAAACUCGCCGGGUACAUCUGCCAGUACCCCAACGCGGACCCCUGCGGCGCCAUCCCCGUCGAGGGAGACGCCAAGGUGACGUACGCGGCGCCGAUGGGCUUCGAGGUGAACGCCACUUCCCUUCACUUCCCUCGCGGAACGGUCGCGGAGGAGGGCAAGGCGGGCGCCUUCCACCCGGUCGCCAAGUAUUUGUGUUUCGAAGCGAGUUGGCUGAAAGCUCCGUGGAACUGCGAGGUGAUGGAAGGCGGCUGCGACGAGCGCUGCAACUCCACCUCCGGCUCCUGCGAGUGUUCGGUGGGAACCUACCUCCACGCCAACCUCAUCACCUGCAGCUAUGACCCGUGUGACCGUUGCGCGCACCUGUGCGACGCCGCCACCCAGGAGUGCGCUUGCCACGUCGGCUACGCGCUGGGCCCGGACGGGAAAAAGUGCGCGGACGUGGACGAGUGCAAGCAGCUGGACGUUUGCGCAUCGGAGGGAAAAGAAUGCGUGAACACGCACGGGGACUACGAGUGCAGGUGCAAAGACGGUUUCGAGGAGGAGGAGGAGGAGGGAGAGGGCGCGUGCGUGGACAUGAGGAUCUGUGACAAAUGUGAGCACAUGAAUUGCGUCAAGUCCGACGGCGUGUACGCAUGCGCGUGUCGCGAGGGGUUCAGAGUGUCCCCACUCGACCCCACCAAGUGCGAGAUGUCCUGCGAUCAGCAGGACUGUCUGGCCAACUGCAUCCCAAAUCCCGACCUGGAGGGGAAGGACAUGCAUCAGUGCUUCUGCCCCGAAGGUUACGUCCAAGACAUCCGGAACAACACCGCCUACUGCACUGACAUCGACGAGUGUGCGAAUCGGAAGGAGUGUGAACACACGUGUGAAAACCUCUUUGGGAGUUUUGUGUGUCAUUGCAACGAGGGCUACAAGUUGUUCGACGAGUACAUGUGCAUCCACCCGGACGAGGAGGGAUGGAGACCAGCGGAUCCCACGCCAGCCCCGCCGCGUCCGGCCUCGUUGCCGACUUACGUGAAAGCGGGCAGCGUGCUCGGCAUCACCGUGUUCCUCUUGCUUUGCCUGCUGCUGCUCUACUUGCUGGUCAGGAACUUGGCCAAACGUUGCGGCAGUCUUGAGCUUUCCUCCCUCAAAGGGCCCGACAUGGAUAUCUUCUACCUGCAGCAAGUCACCACGGAGACAUACAAGCGGUUAUCUUUUGACAAACAGUCCAAAUGGGACUCGCAGAGACUUUAACCGCAACACCGUUGACCCUCCCGAAGACCAGGCACGUGCACGGAUAGACGAAGAAUGGCGCUUAGGCAGCCGCCAUUUUGCCUGGCCUGGCCCUGGCCUUUGGUUUUUCUUGAAGGUGGUAUCCCACUGAGCGAAAACACUCGUACGCGGAUAUCAGCUUCAGUCAUCGACAUUUCAAAACGAAACGCUGUAUUCAUCAUUCUGUGUCAUCCAUCAAUCACAAUAGUGUUUUGAUAUGACGACGAUGAUAUGAUGAAAUCGGUUUAUAGGCUAUGUUGAUUGUGUUAACAGAAUUAUUACUCAGUUGAAUACUUCUGCUAAUCCCUCACCUUUUUUUUUUUUUUUUAAAUUGUGUGACCAAUUUUAGCAGUGGGUGGGUUUUUUAUUUUUUUGCUUGAGCACCUUCCCCCGAUAUGUCCGCCGCGCACAUGCCUGCAACAACGGGAACAUGCUACCAAAGCAACAGAUGACGCAACAGAUGUAAACAGCCAUUGGCGCUCACGAAACUAAAACACUAUUUUGUUGUUCUUUGAAAUGGAAAACGGAGUUCAUGUCCAGGAAUUUGUUUGCCAUAUGGUCGGCUGAUUUUCCUUCCAAUGUUCAUGUCCCGGAGUGAGAAAGUCUCUCGAUUGUAUCUUUUAAUCCUUAAUAGUUCAAAUCGAUCAAAUAUUAAGGUACUAAAAUCUAUCUACACUCGGCACAACGGCAGUCAGUCUAGUUAAGUUCUCCACCAAGGCAUCCGAACCGGUUAAGAAUUUGCCGUCGCUGUCCAACUCAAAAUUUGGAGAUGCAAUGUGAGCUUUUCAUUAGACAAUGUUCGGGCUGCAUUGAGAAAUUCAGGAACUUGUCAAGAAAUCUUGCAUUCAAUCCGCAACACAAUACAAAGGUCAUAGAAGUGAAACAACUUCCUCUUUAUCAAGUCAUAACGGUAGAGCGCAAAAAAAAAAAAAAAAAAAAAAAAAAAUCAUCUCAUGCAACUCAAUUCGAUAUCUUUGUUGUCGGCUAAGGCACAAAUUAAGUAGAAUCUAGUUUUCUAUGCGUGCCCUUGUCUGAUUUAGCGUCUUCAAAAGCUCGCCGGGUCCCACUAGUUUGUGAUCCGGGAAAGGUUGUUUUCUGGUAGGUUUUUUUUAUGGUUUCAAAGCAGGAACUCGAGUAUGAUCAGGACUUCUCUCAACAACAAUACAAUAGCACUGUCUUUAAAAAACACUAAGCUAACAUAGGACAAUUACUGUAAGUACAUCUGUGGUCAGUAUUUGAUACUCGCAGUAUCGACAGGAUUUUUUUUUUCAUGCUGUUCUCUGUGUAAAAUACUACUUACCGGCCACUUAACAACACUGAAACCGACACUUGUAAUUAUAAAGUGUGAAAUUCAUGAUUACCUCUUUGAAAAUGUCAUUUUGAUUCUGAAAAUGUACCCGAUGGAGCAGCUGAUGAGUGUCAAAUUGUGUUGCAAUUUGAUAGACAUUCCACUUUUGUAUUCUCGGUGGAACUCUGCAUUUUAUUCAGACACAUCGCUGUCCAAAAGACUUUGAAUGUAGAAACUGUGCUGCUAUGAGCUACAUAAAGGCUGAUGUAAAACAACAA